AUGCCUGCCCCCCGCACCCCGCCGCACCCCACCCACUCCCCGUCGCACCACCACCGCCGCCAGAGCCACGGACAGGAGGCGCACAAUGUCCUCGACACCGCUCCGAUACAGAAUAACAAGGGAAAAGGACGAGCGGAACCUCUGGAUAUAAACCUGGAGGGAGAUCAUGGAGAGGGGCAACCGAGGAGCUCUGAGCCCAUGUCUGUCCUCCUGGACGAAGCACUCCAUACAUCCCUCUCGCCACCUUCCUCAUCUCUCGCUUCGAGCCUCGAGUCCGCCUCGCCUUUCGCCAAAGACGCCCACUCUCCUAUACCCGAGCCCCCACAAGCCCACUAUCCUCCCACUCUUCGCCCCAGUCAUCCUCGUAUGUUAUCCCAAGUGCAACUUGCGAGGCAAACAUUACCGACAACGAGUAUGACGUAUUCCGGUUCAUUCGACGACCAGCCCAAUGGACGACAGAGAUCAUCCUCUGCAAGCCUGGUAGCAGGUCUGGGAAGGAGUUCUGGGGAAGGAGAGAGUUCAAGCGGGUGGCAAAGGGCUCGAGCGACGACUGCAUUGUCGGACGACCCAUUUCCUGAUCUGGAUCCUUCCACCGGGCUGCCUGUAGAGUUGUCUCCCAGGAGAAGAGGGUCGGACGUAUCAGAUGCCCCUUCGCUGCAUCUACAGCGGACCAUCACAGAUCUUCUCUCGGCGCCUUCCAAAUCGUCCUCCAGCAAGAGUAGUUUCAUGCCGUCUUUGCCCAAUCUCUCUCUCCCUAGGGUAUCAUUACCUUCUACCCCCAGCUUUGACUUUACCGGGAAAGGCAAAGGUAAAGACAAGGAGUUUUCUACGACUGCUGCUCAGGAUGAUUGGGGCACCUGGGCGACCGGCUGGUGGUCAGGAAACAAAGGAAAGGUAGACACCAUGAUGAGUGAUGAAGACAAGGCCGACACUGUGGAAGAGGAGAAGGCCAAGCUGAGGAAGAAAUAUCGCACUCCUAAAAACCCGAUCGUGUUCUGCCAUGGUCUCCUCGGAUUCGACUAUCUCGGUCCUGCCAGUCUGCCUCCGCUUCAAAUAUCACAUUGGAGGGGAAUACGAGAGGUCCUAGAGUCCAACGGCUGCGAGGUUCUUGUAGCUCGAGUCCCGGCCACUUCGUCUGUCAAAGAUCGUGCCACCAUCCUCGCCGAGGUCAUUUCUGAAAAGUUCCCUGGUCGCGAAGUCAACCUCAUCGGGCACAGCAUGGGCGGUCUGGAUUGUCGCUAUCUCGUUUCCCAAAUCCAACCAAAGACUUUCAACCCCGUCUCCCUCACCACAAUAUCUUCCCCGCAUCGCGGUUCGCCCUUUGCAGACUACCUGAUCGACAACGUGAUCGGGCGAAGCAACCUCCCUUCUCUCCUAGGCAUGCUGGAAGCUAUGCGGCUGCCCCAAUCUGGCGACGGUACCGCUUUCAGUGCGCUCGGUACACAUUCAAUGCGAGAAUUCAACGCCGAAGUGAUCGACUCUCCUUCUGUGAAAUACUACUCCUGGGGCGCAUCCUUCGACCCCGGGCUUAUCGACACCUUCAAAUGGCCCCAUUCCAUCAUUCUUGGCAAAGAAGGUGCCAACGACGGUUUGGUCUCGGUCAAGAGUGCGAAAUGGGGCGAGUACAGGGGUACGUUGGUAGGGGUGAAUCAUCUGGAUUUGGUGGGAUGGGUGAAUACUAUGAGGUAUGCGGUGGCGGGAUGGUCGGGAAAGCCUAUUGCUUUCAAACCGGCCACGUUCUAUCUAGAGGUGGCGGAUUAUCUGGCAGAACAAGGGUUCUGA